AUGGCGUCGCUACCAGAAAGAGCAUACACUUGCAAGCUUCCUGCUAGAAAAGAUACAUCAUUCCUCCGACCUAUCAGCCCAGACUGGGCUAAGAUUGAUAUCGUCGGUCAAACUAUCAUGCUCGCAGAACUUACCUCCCACUUUGGCUCCUUCCAAGACACAUGUAGAGCCCUGAAGUUGCAAUCCAACGAAGUUAAGAGCUUCUUUCUAGCAUACCUCAAGUACCAACAAGAAUGUAACGAAGGACGCCUGAUCGCCCAAGAGUGGGGUCGAAAUCAAGAAGCGACAUCAGCCCCGGGCAAAGACAUACCGCAGCAACGACCUCUCUUUGUAACCCCGUCAUCAAUCGCACCAGCUUGCGACUUCCUCAACGCCUUGGGAUUUCAAGAGUGCGUGGGAGCAGUACAGUCAUGGGCUCGACGCGUCAUCCUUUGGCCCCCGAAUAUCGAUGUAUCAGAUGCAAAUCUUUCAAACCUUGACCAACACGACAUUGCCUUUCCACCAACCCGCGCAGAACGAAGAUAUUCUAGGUAUACGAGUGCACUCCAAUACGACACCCGAGCUAAGGUCGCCCUUGUUGCUGCCUGGGAACCUAGUGAAGAUGGAACACCGGACGCUCGUAUGUCUUUCAUUGAUGUCCCCGCAGGUAGUAAGGCUUACGGGCCUCAUGGCUCCAGAGAACUGCCUGUCGGUGGUCGCUAUUAUGUUGGUUGGUCUACUAUGAGCCUUUUCCACAAUGAGUAUCAUGACAUUGUGCUAGCAACCAAUGUAUCUGAUACUCGGGGUGCCGGAGAUAAUCGAGUUGAGUCACCAGGUCACGAUGGAUUUGGACGUGAUGAUGUCAGUAAUGAACCCACUCUCUCCCCUUUCGAUGAGAUUGAGAACCGAGUUGCUGAACUUGAAGGUUUAAUAACUAAACAGGGACCACUGAUGCCACAGAUGGAGUCGACAGUCAACCCCAAGGACAUAUUUGGCUCUAGCCUGGCUAAUGCACACAUUUUGCGACAAGAGAAUAUCCGUCCUUUUCACUCCCAAACUGAACCGCAGGGGCCGCUGCGGAACAUAGAAAACCCACAGCUACAGCAGUUAUGGGACGCUUGGCCUGGUGAGAUUUUUCAGUUCCGCCUGCCUCCUGAGUACACGAUCAUUGGACCACAAGGUCAUAUACUUACCUUCGAUCCUUCUGAAUAUCAGAGUUACGAUAACUCAGGCACUCCGCAAGGGCUAGGAGGCACGUACUUCGUCACAUCGCCAUCUAACAUGUCCAUACCAGCCAGCUUUAAGAUGAAAGAAUUACCCACUCACGUUGCUCUUCGCUUUAAAACUCGGCAACGAUUGGUCAUAAUCCGUAAUGGCAUGGUUUUGCCUCACUUCGUCGAGCCGGGGGUGCAUGAAUGGAGUACCAGAGAGGGCUUUCUUGACCUAUACGGCGUGCAUGGAUGCUACAAUGUGCAUCACGGGGAGGGUUACUAUAAUGUCCACCCUAACCCUGGCGUGAUGAGGAACCCACAUGUACGGGAACCUCACCAUAACCAUGGGUUUAGUGCUGGGCGUAACCAUGGGCUUGGGAAUGCGUAUACGGUACACAGCGAAAUUACUACAGCAAAUCCAACGCCUAUUAAAGAGGCUCCAAAGAUUUAUCCGCCACACAGAGACUUGCUGCACCACAAUAGAAACGAACUAUUUCAAAUUCAACAAGACGCCGAAGUUCACGGCCGGAACGCGAGAGACGCGGCACAUCUAGACGUUCUCGAGAAAGGGCCAGCGCCUAAGGAUGAAGAAUCAUACGCACAGGAAUCUCAAGAAGAAGCUAUUGCCCUCGAUGGUACGGCGAUCAAACAAGAGGCCCCGAGCCGUAUUCUCAGGAAGAAUCGGGACUCCAACGUGCAGCCCGACUUGUUCGAAGAUAUCGUUAAGCUAGAAGCCAUGGCGGAGGAAGAAGCGCUCGCAGAAUGUUAUAUCACUCCUGAUACAAGUCGACGCAAGCGCAAGAAAACCGAGGAAGACGACGAGUAUACACCUACUCGAUCGACUAAAUCUAAGACGAAGAAGACCACAUCUGCUCAGAAAAACACAGCUUCGAAAAAGCCACAGCAGAAAGCUAGUAAUGGCCCCAAAGGAACUCGCCCCCUUCGAGCCUCGGUUACGCUAAAGCCAAUUGGACCUCUGCUCGAUGCGAUUCAAGCUGAUCAGCGAAAUGGUAGUAGGACACUAACUUUAUCGUCACUUCCGAAGGACAAUAACGGUCAAGCAGCAGCAAGUCCUGCUGAAAAGAAUGCUAUGGUCGGAAGGAACAAGAUAUCUCUUCGAAUCAGAGUUCCAAAGCCUCCUGCCACCUCUGAAGAACAGGUCGGCUAUGACCCAGACGAGACAGAGGAUGAGGAGGAGCGAUGA